AUCUUUCGUUUUCGACUAGCCUUAAGGAUGUACCGGUUCGGCAUUCUUCUGGCACUUUUCGUAGUGCUGCAUGCAGCAAAAGUGCGGAAGCAACUAGCUUCCCAACAAUGCAUACCCGAGGACGUGACAUUUUUGGUAGAUUCAUCAUCCUAUGUAGGAGCCGACUAUUACCGAAUGCAACUAGACUUCAUCAAAGCUACGAUAAAUAACUACAACAUAGCGCCGCAGUGUACUCGAGUAAGCGUAGUCACCUUCAGUGAUGGCGCCUACAACGCGUUCUACCUCAACCAGUACUCCAACAAGGCAACAUUAUUCAAUGCCAUUGACAAUAUGCAGUACAGACCGGCCACGGCUCGAUACACCACCGAAGGCCUCAAGUAUAUGAUGGCAAACAGCUUCUCCACUGUACAUGGUGGGCGCAGCAACGUGCCGCAUAUUGGAGUCCUCGUUUCCAAUGGACUACCAGCCAACACGCAAGCCUUUUUGCAAACGGCCCAACAGGCAAAGAAUAAUGGUAUCAAACUGUACACAGUGGGAGUGGGCACUGGUGGACACGUACAACAGUUCGCAACAGCGGCCACGUCACCCUACAGUCGUUACUCUUUAACAGCCGAUAGCUAUUCAUCUCUUAACAGUCUUUCUUACCCACUCGCAUACCGAACAAUGAGUGAAGUUCCAACUGUGUCGUCUCAAAAACAAACAUGUCUACAGCGUGCAGAUAUAGUCUUCCUUGUCGAUGGUAGUGGUAGUAUUGGAUCAACCAAUUUCAACAAACUGAAGUCGUUCCUAAAGGGUAUCACGGGUCAACUUGACGUUGGUGCCGACAAAGUCCAUGUUGGUGUCGAGCAGUUCAGCAAUUAUCCGUCUAUUGAGUUCCCGCUCAAUAUGCACACGACAAGUGCUGGUCUUAUGACUGCAAUUGACGGCAUCAAUUACAUGAGUGGUGGGACCAACACGGGCAGUGCCAUCGACUACAUGUCGCAACAGAUGUUUUCUCAGACAAGCGGAGCGCGUCCAAACGUCCCUAGGAUCGCUGUUGUCAUCACCGACGGUAAAUCUUCCAGCUCUUCAGCCACCGCUACCGCAGCGGACCAAGCGCGUCAGAACCACAUCUCCAUGUUAGCUGUUGGUGUUGGAAAUGGUGUCGACAUCAACGAGCUUCAUAGCAUUGCCGAUGAUCCAGACAGCUCUAACACCUUUACAGUCAGCAGUUAUGAUCAGCUAAACUCCAUCGCAACCCAAAUCAUCCAGAAGGCUUGUCAAGUGAGAGCAACUGCUCCUCCAGUCUCUAACACAAAUUCUGGAGUUACUCUCCAGCCCGAUCCUUGCCAGGACUCCCUCGCUGAUUGCAAACGUUACGGGGAAAGCGUCUGUGUGGACUAUGCUCCGUGGGCCCAUGACAACUGUCAACGAUACUGUGCAUUUUGUAACCCACUUUAUACAACCGCUCCACCGCCCUGUGUGGAUCUUCUCCAAAACUGUCCCAACUAUGGGGAUUCCGUCUGUAACAACCCUCUGUAUCAAGGAUGGGCAGAGGACAACUGCCGGAAAUUCUGUGGCUUCUGUGGUUCGAGUGUCAGCGCUGUAGGGUUUUAUGGAAAAUGUAACUACAAAGGAAAGUCGUACAGCCCCGGGGAGAAAUGGACCGAUGGAUGCGACUACGAAUGUGUCUGUGAGGACAGUGCCAGCGGACGAUACAAAUGUUACAACAAAUGCCCUCUCUACUACAACUUGCCCGCGGAAUGCACGCUUGUCCGUGACCCUCAGGAAUGUUGCCAGAAACCUGUCUGUAACUUUAACCAGAACCUACAAACCUUUGAGCAAACCAGCCCUGCCCAGACUGCAACUGGAGUCGGCGUGUGUAUGUACAAGGGGAAACAAUAUUACGAAAGUCAAUCCUGGAAGGAUGGUUGUUCUUACCAGUGCACAUGUACCAAUGGCAACACGGGACUUUACAAAUGUGAAUCUCUCUGCCCACGAUAUCAGUCCCUUCCGCCAUAUUGUCACAUGGUGAAGAAGGCCGGAGAAUGCUGUGCUCAGCCUGUCUGUGAAUUCAACACCCAGACCGGAUCAUUCACCGGAACGGGCUCCAUCAGCGGAGUUGGAGUUGGAAAAACGCCGACUACCCCACCACCUUGUGUUGAUCAACUUUCCAACUGUGAGAGGUAUGGCAAUGAUGUGUGCACAGGAUUUACCUCAUGGGCCUCCGUCAACUGCAGAAAAUAUUGCAAUCUGUGUGAUGUAAAACCAACUCCCGGUACAACAGAUCGUUGCAUGUAUCAGGGCAAGGCCUACAGUGAAGGACAAGGUUGGAAGGUCAGCUGUGACACAGAGUGUGUCUGUGAGAAUGCUAUUUAUGGAUAUUACAGAUGCACCAAUACAUGCCCGAAAUACAACAACUUACCUAAGGGUUGCUACGAAGUAAAGAAAGCUGGACAAUGCUGCCCAGUGGUUGAGUGUGAAAAUGGAGUUUUAUUGACUUCAACCAAUAACCUGGGAACCAUUGGCAGUGGUGGUCUCAUCAAUGUACUCCACCCACCUGUCCCUCAGGCAGUUCCAACCCUCCCAACAGGCGGUCAGCCUGUCCCAGGAACAGGAGGAACUGGAUUCGUGGCUCCUUCACUCAAGGGUUGUCUAUACAAAGGAGAAAUGUACAUCCAAGACCAGACCUGGCAAGAUGGAUGUAAAUACACAUGUCAGUGCCAAGACGCCAGCACGGGAUCGUACAGAUGCAAUGAAAGAUGCCCCACCUACUUCAACCUCCCAGCAGAAUGCACCUUUGAAACUGAUCCCAAUGACAACUGUUGUCAGAAACCCAAAUGUCCAAACCCCAAUACCCCCAUUGUCCCGACCUUUGGUCAGAGUAACAUUGGGCACGGAGUGGUCCAGCCCCCCAGCAUAACAGAUCUGUACCAGAACUACAGUCCCCGCCCAUACACCGUCAUCUAUAACACAGCAUCCACCAGCCGUCCUGCUUCCUCCACCCCGCGACCUGUCGGAUUUUGUUUGAGAAAUGGACAGAAACAUCUUCAAGGUGAACAGUGGAAUGAAGGAUGCGACUACAUCUGUACAUGUGAAGAUGCCACCACUGGAAAAUGGAAGUGCACACAAAGAUGCCGUGUCUACUCCAACCUGCCCAAACCUUACUGUUACUUGAUCCAGGAUCCUAACGAUGCCUGCUGCCAGAAGCCCGAGUGUAACUUCAACCCUGUCACCAGUAUUCACAGCGGUUCUUACUCUCCAGUACAGACAGUCACUCAGCGCCCCACCACCACGCAACGGCCAACCACACCCAAACCUCAUGUGUGUAUUUACAAUGGUAAACAGUACAGCCAGGGCCAGGUCUGGUUUGAUGGCUGUAACUAUAAGUGUACUUGUGACGAUGCUUAUGGAGGAAUCUACAGAUGUGUCAACAGAUGUCCUGUGUAUCAGAACGUCCCUGAUGUUUGCACCAUGGUUCCCGACCAAAGUGACCCCACUUGUUGCCAAAUGCCGAAAUGUAACUUUCAGCCAGUCACCAACAUAACUUCUGGACAAGGACAGGUGGUCUCCACUCUUGCCCCAGGGGUGUACCAAGGAUCUGGAACAGGAGUCAACAUCGGCUAUUGUAUGUACAAAGGAAAACAAUACCAGCAGGGACAGACAUGGGAUGAUGGCUGUGAUUUCCACUGUGAAUGCAAAGACCAGAGCACAGGACGAUAUGUCUGUUCAGAUAUGUGUCCACGCUAUAGCAGCUUACCUGCUCAGUGCAAGCUGAUCUCCGACUUCAGAAAUCCCUGCUGCAAGGUGCCAGACUGCGGAUUUCAAGGAAACCUAGGAUCCAUUACAGGACAAAUCACUUUGGCUCCCUCUUUGCCAGGACAACCGACCCCCUCUCCCAACCCUCUCAAUCCCAACCCAACACCAGGCAUUGGUGUUCCUGUUUUGAACUACUGUUUGUACAAAGGCGUGAAAUACUACCAGGGGCAGUCAUGGGACGACGGAUGUGACAAAAAAUGUCUUUGUGACAGGGCCUCCGAGGGACUGUACACCUGCAAUGACAGAUGUCCGAAGUACACGCAGGCUCUCCCUAAGGGUUGCCGUAUGGUAACCUCUACCACGGACGCGUGCUGCCAGGAACCCCGAUGUGACAUUCCAUCCCUACUUUCUAACAUCACAGGAACUUUAUCCCCAGGCAUGAUUCCCACUUUUGCUCCACCUGGUGUCAUUUCAGGAAAUGCUAACACCCCGACUCCAAUGCCACAAGCUCCAGGACAGACCACAUUAGCUCCUAAACCCCUCAACUUCUGUGUGUACAAAGGCCUUCAGUAUGCCACAGGAGCAAAAUGGGAUGAUGGCUGCGACUACACAUGUGUGUGCACAGAUGGGAAGACUGGACAUUACGAGUGCACAGAAAAAUGUCCAAAAUACGGCCAGUUACCCCGUGAGUGUUACCUCACUAAGGACCCAGCCAACCCUUGUUGCCAGAAACCAGAGUGUCGCUUCAAUCCAGGUGUUGGUGAAUUCACUAAUGCCCCAACCACCAAGGCUCCACUCCCAGGGUCUACCAAUGCUCCUACUCCUCAACCCUCAGGACAGCCAAAUCCCAACCCAUUCCCAACUCCAGCCCUGCCUAAAGCUGUGUGCGUCUACAAGGGAAAGAGUUACACCCAAGGCCAGCAGUGGUAUGAUGGCUGUGACUACACAUGUACAUGUGAAAAUGCUAUGCAGGGCAUUUACAGAUGCAGUAGAAGAUGCACUGAAUACCCCAAAUUGACCCAGGGCUGUAGCCUUGUUGCAGACUCUAAGGAUCCACUCUGCUGUAAGGUACCCCAGUGCCAGAUUCCACCCAAGUACAGUAACCAGACAGGCUUCAUCGACAUCCCCACCCCUCCACCGGGAGUUAUCACUGGGGGCUCCGUCACAAAGGCCCCUACUCCUCAGCCAACCCUGGCUCCUGGACUUAAUCCCUCUCCUGGGUCACCAACUCCUGGAUCCACACCAGCACCUGUCCCUGUCUGUAUCUACAAGGGAAGCCAGUACACCCAGGGUCAGAGAUGGCAGGAUGGUUGUGACUUCAACUGUGAAUGCACAAACGCCCAGACUGGAUACUAUAGAUGUACUGAGAUCUGUCCUAAAUACAAUGGACUUCCUAAGCAAUGCCAGCUGAUCACAGAUGUUAACAAACCCUGUUGUAAGAAGCCGUACUGUAACUUCCAGGGAGUGAAUAUCCAGGUCACUGUUACUCCAGCUCCCAACAUGGGAACCACACUGUCCCCUAAUCCCCUUAAUCCCACUGGUCCUACAUUGUUCCCAACUCCCACUCCUCCAGAGGUGUGUGUGUAUAAUGGAGUUCAAUUCAAACAAGGAGAAACUUGGCAAGAUGGGUGUUCCUUGAACUGUGUAUGUGAAAAUGGAAAGACUGGUUUCUACAGAUGUAAUGAAAGAUGUGCCCGAUACGAUCAAGUUCCUACUGGAUGCACCAUGACAACAGACCCCAGUGAUAGCUGUUGCAGAAUCCCUGUCUGUACUCCACAGCCAGGAACCACAAAAGCACCACUUCCUGGUCAGAACCCCACGCUGAAUCCCAACCCCACUCCACCCCAGGUUCCAGUGGUCACAGGAUCCAUCAUCGGAGUCGGUGUAACCCCUACCCCUAGACCGGGCCAGACCCCUGUACCCAACCCAGUCCCCGUCUGUGUGUACAAAGGUGUGCAGUACACCCAGGGACAGAAGUGGGAUGAUGGAUGCCAAUACAAGUGUGAAUGUAUAGAAGCCAACGCUGGAAAGUACAAGUGCACCAAGAGAUGUGGAGAGUUCCCAAGUUUACCCUCUACCUGCUCCCUGGUCAACGAUCCAAAGGACCAAUGCUGUCGAGUUCCCUUUUGCCAGCCCACUCCAGUGUCGACCCCUGCACCAAACCCAUUAAACACCCCGAACCCAAAUCCACAGCCGGGGACAACCUUAGCACCAGGAAUAAAUCCCACACUGAACCCCAAUCCAAACCCAAAUCCGAACCCAAACCCGAACCCGAACCCCACUGGACCAACGCCAGCACCUAAGCCAAAGAACAUCUGUGUGAUGAAUGGCCGAUCAUACACCCAGGGACAGCAGUGGUAUGAUGGCUGUGACCGAAUCUGUAGAUGUGAGGAUGGAAGCACUGGAUUCUACAGAUGUCAAGACAGAUGCCGCAAAUAUGAUUCUGUUCCUCAAAACUGCAUCCUUGUGGCAGAUCCCAAAGAUCCUCAGUGUUGUAAAGUUCCUUCCUGUAUCCCAGGACCCAACGGGUUCCCCACCCCCUCACCAGGACCCGAUGGAUCCACCGUAGCUCCUCAACUCAUCACCAAUGUCCCAGUGGGUGUUGUCACCGGAUAUGCCCGACCAACGCCUACAGCCACUCCUGCUCCAGUGCCAGUGGGUGGAACAACUGCCAAGCCCUUGCCAACACCCGCACCCAAAGAGGUCUGUGUGUACAAGGGAGUUCAAUAUGUCCAAGGACAGAGAUGGCAAGAUGGAUGUACUUAUAACUGUAUCUGUGAGAAUGGAGUGACUGGCAAAUACAAAUGUACUGACAGAUGUGCAGCAUACCCAGCACUGCCGCCUUACUGCAGCCUUGUUCAGGAUCCAAACGACUAUUGCUGUCAACAGCCCCUCUGUAACUACCAGACCCAAGCUCCCUCUAUUCCUCCACCACAGACUCCCAGUCCUGCCCCAGGGCACCCCACAGUCGCUCCAAAUCCGAACUCCACUCCCGCACCCAACCCACUAGCUGUCUGUCUGUACAAGGGUGUGUCCUACAAACAGGGAGACACUUGGAAUGAGGGGUGUGUGCAGAGAUGUCGCUGUGACGAUGCCAGUAAGAAUAUCUACACUUGCUUUGACAGAUGUCCAUCUUACAAGUUGAACCCAGGAUGUGUAAUGACCACAGAUCCCAAUGACCCCUGCUGUCAGGUACCUUCCUGCACGGUGAUACCCACACCAAUGCCAGUCAAUACACCUUCCCCCAUGCCAGGAGUGAACACUGUUGCUCCAGGAACUGUCGCCACCCCCGUUCCAUCAGCUUACCCAUCACCCAUCCCCACUGGACAAGUGGGUACCAUUGUGGGCAAACCUCAGACUCCCCCACUCAGAGCACUCUGUGACUACAAGGGAAUGAAGUAUGCCACAGGACAAAAAUGGCAAGAUGGUUGUCAGUACAAUUGUGAGUGCAUUGAUGGCACCACUGGACAGUAUCGAUGUACCGAAAAGUGUCCAAGGUAUGCGCAGAUCCCAAGUUACUGCUAUCUGGUACAAGAUCCAAAGGAUCCUUGCUGCAAGGUCCCUAACUGUAAUGUUGUUGCUCCCACACCAAGACCUAUUGGAACCCCUACCCCGGGUCCAAGCAGGACACCACUCCCAGGCUCCACCUUCCCACCAACUCUGAGCCCCCCUGUCACUCCAGGACCCAUACCCACACCACAACCACAGCCCAAGAAUGCCUGCAUCAUGAAUGGGAAAUCCUACACACAAGGACAACAGUGGGAUGAUGGAUGUAAACAGAUAUGUGUCUGUGAUGAUGGAACAACAGGACACUACACCUGUAGAUCAAGAUGUGCUCAGUAUCCUAACAUUGCACCAACUUGUAUCAUGGUCCCUGAUCCCAAUGAUCCCAAAUGUUGCCAGAUCCCACAAUGUGAUCAGACCAAUCCUAACCAGCCGUCCGGAGUAACUGGCAGUAUCACCGGCACCAACCCCACACCAAACCCCACACCAUAUGUUACUCCAAACCCUAAUCCCAAUCCUAAUCCUAAUCCUAAUCCCAACUCCAGUCCCACACCACAACCAUACCCCUACCCAACACCUUAUCCAGGAGGCACCUAUCCUCCAUUCAUGAUUCCUUCACCUAAUCCCAAUGUUACACCUGUCCCAGGACUGUUGACCACACAGCCACCGGCCACCCAACCCACUCCUCAGCCUAAGGUGUGUGUAUACAAAGGUAAAACCUACACCCAGGGACAGAAAUGGAGAGAUGGAUGUGACUACAAUUGUGAGUGCCAGGAUGGAAUGACAGGCCGAUACGUGUGUACAGAAAUCUGUCCAAGGUACCCCAACUUGCCAGUGGGCUGUGUAAUGUUGAAUGACCCAGCCAACCCCUGCUGUAAGAAGCCAGACUGCACUAAUCCGACUCCAGUACCAGCACUGACACCAAGCCCCCGCCCAGGAGUCAACCCCACACCAGGCCCUGUGAACACGCCCACUCCUACCUUCUGUGUGUACAACGGAAUCCCCUACCAGGCAGGCAAGACAUUCGAAGAUGGCUGUGACAAGAUCUGUACCUGUGAGAGCGGCAUGUCUGGACAAGUUACAUGUAAAGACAGAUGCCCAACUUUCCCUCCUCUGAAGAGUGGUUGUCGAAUGGUAACAGACCCCAAUGACAAAUGCUGCCAGACACCCACCUGUGUGAACUCCACCACCCUUGUCCCUUUCAGUCCAGGGGGUACCAUCAAUGGACAGAAUGUCCCUCCCUCUCCUGGAUCGCCAUCUGGUGGUAACAGAAAUGUGUGUGUGUACAAUGGAAAGAUCUACAGCCAGGGUCAGCAAUGGGAUGAUGGAUGUACCUACCAUUGUGUGUGUCUGGAUGCUAGCACGGGCCACUACCAAUGUACAGAAAAAUGCAACAGGGUGCCACAGUUGCCUCCAUACUGCACAAUGGUGAACGAUCCAAAUGACCAAUGCUGCCAGAUGCCUUACUGUCAGAAUCCUAAUCCAACACCCAACCCCACUCCCUCACCAAAUGGCUCUCCCACACUGGCACCAAACCCAGGACCCAACGUGAACACACCUGCUCCUAAACCUAGAGAUGUGUGUGUGUAUAAGAACAGCCAGUACUACAGACAGGACCAGCAGUGGUAUGAUGGGUGUAAUGCUGUAUGUAGAUGUGAAAACGCUGCCACCGGCUACUACAGAUGCCAGGAGAGAUGUGCAAGAUAUACCAGCGUACCAGCUGAGUGUACUCUGGUUCCUGACCCCAAGGACCCAUCCUGCUGUCAAGUGCCUAAAUGCCCAGUCAAGCCCACAGCAGGCCCAGUGCCCACACCCGGCUUUGUUCCCACCCCUGUCACCGCUAAGCCUGGAGAACUGACUGGUCUUGCCCCAGUGCCAACAAAUCAGCCCACACCUAGCCCACAGCCUGGAGGUACACCAGGACCAACUCUUGCCCCACCACUUCCUAAAUCAGGAUGUUACUACAAGGGUGUGCCCUAUCAGAAGGGACAGACCUGGUCUGAUGGCUGUCAAUAUGACUGUGUUUGUCUGGAUGAUAUGACAGGCCAGUACAAGUGCACUGAAAAAUGCACCAAGUAUCCUAACCUGGAUAGUCACUGUGUGUUAAUUCAGGACACACAAAAUCCAUGCUGCCAGAAACCAUAUUGUGACUUUGUCAACCCCACUCCAUUCCCCAAUGGUAUUCCCACCCCACAGCCCAUCAUGACGCCAUCACCAAUGCCAGGCAACCCCUCAGUGGCUCCCAACACGGUACCCACUCCAGUACCCAACCCCACUAGAGCUCCACCCCCGGGAUACUGUGUGUAUAAGGGUGUGUUCUACACCCAGGGACAGACCUGGAACGAUGGCUGUGACAAGACCUGCCAGUGUGAUGAUGUCACUACCGGAUACAUUUCCUGUCAUCCCAGAUGCCGAACUUACCCCAGCAUUUCAGCUGGAUGUGUAUUGAAGACGGAUCCUAAAGACAGUUGUUGUGUAGCUCCAGACUGUAACAAACCCAACAUCCUGAACCCAACUCCUCAACCAAACCCCACUCCAGGACCUGGCGGUGUCACUUUGAACCCUCAGUUGAACCCCUCCACGAGUGGAGUCAUGAUCUACCCCUCACCAGUACCCACUGGUAGCUUCAUUGGAAGUGGCAUCAGCCCGGGAACCAGUGGCACUGGAUACCCAGGAUCAGUCAUCAAUGGAAACACCAAGGCCUGUAUCUACAAGGGUGUGGCUUAUAACCAGGGAGACAAAUGGGAGGAUAACUGUCAGUACAAGUGUGAGUGUAUUGAUGCCAAUCGAGGACAGUACAGGUGUACUGACAGGUGCUAUACUUACCCUCCACUUCCAGCUCAGUGCUCCUACGAACGUGAUCCUAAUGAUGCCUGUUGUCAGAUUGCCAAGUGUACACCAUACAUACCCACAUAUGGCCCCACAGUCACCCCAUCAUUCACUGUCAGCCCCACCCCCGGGCCGGUCACACCCAUUGUUAUCAACCCCAAUACUAACUCACCAAACACUGGCUCACAGACUACAAGACCCAUCAUCAUCAACCCUAACACCAACUCACCUAACACAGGAACUAAAACCACGCCAUUUGUUAUCAAUCCCGUCACUUACACUCCUAGUGGCGGCUCCAACACCACACCCAAACCUGCAAACAUGUGUCUGUACAAAGGAGGUCUUCACCCACAAGGCUCCAACUGGCAAGACGGCUGCGAUUCCACUUGUUAUUGUGUUGAUGCAUUGUCUAACAGCUACAGAUGUCAGGCCAGAUGUACAACCUACUCCUCCAUCCCGACCUACUGCCACCUGAUCCCAGAUCCCGCAGACCAGUGCUGUGAGAAGGUGGAAUGUACGGCUCCUAACGGUCAGGUUCUGACUCCUCAGAUCCCAAGUGGACCCACACUCUCCCCCACUCUGGCCCCUAACAUUCAGCAUGUGAUCCCUGUGGGAACUCACCAGGUUUUCACUGGAUCUGGACAGCCCAAUUUCCCUGUCACUGGAUCCACUGGCACAUCCGGAAGCAGGAGUGGAUGUAUUUACAAGAGCAAUAUAUACCACCAAGGACAGUCAUGGGAUGAUGGCUGUAAAUAUGUCUGUAACUGUCAGAAUGAAGCCACUGGUCUCUACAAAUGUACAUCCAAGUGCCCAACCUACCCACCUCUGCCAAGCUACUGUAGUUUUGUUAAUGUCCCUGGACAGUGUUGCCCCACUCUCAGCUGUAACAGUCCAGACUUUGGGAAAUACAACCCUGCCCCUCAGCUCUACCCCACCCCAGCUCCAUCUAUCAAACCCUCAGUGGUACCCCAUGUCAUCAACCCUGGAUACAAUCCUGGAACCAGUGGUAGUAGCCAGGUGGCACCUGGAACAGUAGCCACCGGAUUCACAGGAAACAGGAACGGCUUGUGUAUUUACAAGAACAAACUGUACAACCAGGGAGAUAAGUGGGACGAUGGUUGUGAUUAUUCCUGCGAAUGUAAAGAUGCCAACAGUGGAUACUACGAAUGUACACCAAAAUGUCCCACAUACAAGCUCCCCACAAACUGUUACCUAGUGAGAGCUGGUGGAGAAUGCUGUCCACAGCCCAUGUGUAGAAACACUGAUGGUUCCACUGUCAAUCCCCUGACCACCCCUGGGUCUCAAUACCCUGUAUACGGAACUUACCCAGGAGGAUUCACCGGAUUCAGACCCGGAUACAGUGUACCGGAUUCCGGCACCAGCUUUACAAAUCGCUCUAAUGUGUGUAUCUACAAGGGAUCAGUGUACAGACAGGGAAACAAAUGGGAGGACGGCUGCGAUUUCACGUGUACCUGUGUGGACGAGACCAGAGGAGCGUAUCAAUGCCAAGCCAGGUGUAAGACCUACACUGCUCUCCCAGCAGCCUGCAAGUUGUAUGAUGUGCCUGGGGAAUGCUGUUCAGAGGUGCGAUGUCAGAACGUAGAUACCUCUCCCACGCCCCCCGUCAUUGGUGGGCCCACUGCCAGACCUUACCUUGACCCACUCUGUCAUGACACCAUUGAUAACUGUAAAAACUACCAGAAGGAUGUGGCCUGCCGUGGUGCGUACGAGCCCUGGGCGAGAAGUCACUGUAACCUAACCUGCGGUUUCUGCACCCCAGCUGUGACAGUACAACCAGUGUGUGUGGACAGAAUAAACAAUUGUGCAUUGUAUGGUAAAUCUGUCUGCCAGGGAACGUACAAGCCAUGGGCCACAGAUAACUGUCCCAAAUACUGUAACUUGUGUUUAAAUGGAGGAGGAGCUGUGACAGCUCCCGCCCCCACACCAAGCAAUCAGUGUCAAGACAAAAUCAACAACUGUAAUGCUUAUGGAAAGAGCAGCUGUACUGGACAGUUUCAACCUUGGGCCCUUGACAACUGUCGACUCUAUUGUGGAUUCUGCAAUACCACCUCUGGAUCAGUGAUCAACUACCAGGUUCUGCCUCCCAGUGGAUACAUGACUCUAAUGAAGGGAGUGGCUGGCGUGCCUGGGGACAUGUACCAGAUCUGGACCAGCCCAGCCACAAUGAAUACCAACAACCCACAAGCCAUGUAUCUGACCAAUCAGUUCAAAGGACAUUACAAAACGGACCUUUCACAGUGGAACAGAAUGUGUCUGGACCGGAUCAGAGUAUCAAUCUACAAAAAUGGACAAGAAAAGGCCUAUGUUGAGUUCAAUGCGAUCGGUGCCAAUCAGAACAAUUGGUUUGAUCCUAGCAGAAUUAUCUCAUCUAGUUAUACGGACAUCAACACAGCUGCCAAGGAAGUGUUCAGCAUGAUCGGUGACUCCUCCACUGGUCGUGAGUUCCUGAUGAGUCAGCACUCCAACUCAAACUGUGACACUUACGGCUGGAUCAUGAUUUCCACUCAGAACAACUGUCCAUUUGAGUCCAGCUCUGGUAACAAGCCGGCUUUCCUUUACGCACCAGGUCAAACCUCAGCCCACUUUGAACAAACACAAGUUGGAACGGGAGAUGUGCUUGCUAUUAUGGGUCAUCAAGGAUCUUGUACCGUCUUAAACACAGUGAGACCAACCUUCCAAGUCACAGGCUCUAUGGCCUGUGUGUACAAUAACAAGAUAUACAACCAAGGCGACAGCUGGACUGAUGGCUGCAAGUACAACUGUACUUGUACUGAUGCCAGAAAUGGAAACUACCAGUGUGUGGAGCUGUGCCCUACCUAUUCUCAGCUUCCUCAGGGUUGUUCUCUUGUCAAGCGCCCAGGAUCCUGCUGUGCUAUACCAGACUGUGGCACCCACGUCUACAACCCCAACAGCUUGAACGCAGCAGAGAGAGGUUUGUGCUAUUACAAGGGAGACGUGCACUCGCAAGGGGAGCAGUGGGAUGAUGGAUGCCAAUACAAAUGUACCUGUCAGGACGCCUCUUUAGGAAGAUAUGUGUGUAAUCCAAAAUGUUUGAGCUGGCCUAGUUUGCCCUCAGUGUGCACAAUGCAGGCUCCAGCUCCAGGAAAAUGUUGUUCCCAGCCAAGCUGUCCAUCUAAUGUACACAUUAACUAUCCUCCUGGCUACACAAUACAAUAAUUUUAUCCUCACCCUAGAAAUAUUUUAUUUAUUUGUGCCAUGUUAACAAAGACUAUUUAUUUGGUGCAGACACCCUACUGUAUGUUAAUACAAAAUAAAAUUAUAUUUUGUUGUUA